AUAAAAGCAUAAGCUCUCCCCACCAGUUUGACAUGAGCUAUACUGAGGCGAGCACUCGCGAUGUCUUCAGUUCGUUCAACCAGUUUGGUGUUCUGUCUGGUAGUGCUUGUUCUAUGCAGAUGGACGGCAGGAAAAUCAUGCUCGAAGAGCUGUCCAAGCCCACUGGUCUUAUACACGGCCAACUGCGUUUGCGUUCCAUCAUUCGUACAAUGCUUCAGACAAGAUGAGACCGAUUGUCCGGCAGUCACAAAAGCCAAGUUUUGCAACACUCCGACCUACAUGGUGUCGUGUCCACACAGCUGCGGCCUUUGUAAAUCGGACUAUGUUCCAUCCUCCAAACUGGCAAUCGCUUUCUUCCCCUCGGGGAAAUCGGCACUCGACUUGUACCUGGGGAACUGUGGCGCCCCCCCACGCUUGGCAAAUGGCGUCUGCAGGGCAACGCAUGGUAAACUUGCUGACGUAGCAACCUGCGCCUGCAUCCCUGGCUACAAGCUCGCUGGACAUGGUCUCAGUCACUGCCAGAAAAAUGGGAAAUGGUCUGCCCACGCCUCGACCUGCAUCAUUAAAAACUGUGGCUCGCCUCCAGUGGUUGCUCGUGCAACUGUAAGCGCCCCUGUCACGACAUUCGGCGCAACAGCAACCUACACAUGUAACGUUGGCUUCAGACUUCGCAGCUCGCCCUUCUCCAGAUGCAAGAAGGAUGGUACCUGGACGGCCAUGGGUCGCAUUUGUACACAUUUCGUGUACCGGAAUAAUCUGAUGCUGGUGCUCCGUAUUGCUCCCCGAAACGGCGUCAGCAGUGUCGCCACAUGGAAAGACGACGCCAUCGCCCACGAUAGCCCACUUUUGUCCACCUCCAUCCAGCCGGGAUGCUUCGUCAUGCAGAAAUCCAAGGCCUGUUCAACCCACUUUAAAAGUAGCAUCGUCAAGAGCUGGGAAAAAGCUGGCAUUCAAGAGGUUUUUGUUAUCUUGUCCAAGAAUGGAAAAAGUCGCUAUAUCAGAUUUGAUGGCCGGGGCACAAGUCGCUGGAACUGGUUUAAGAAGUCCAGAAUUUUAUCAUCUACAUGGUCUCGAAUGAAAACACAAACAUACAACAACUUCGGCAUAAGCAUGUAUGGAUACAGAAACUGGUACAUCAACAAAAGGUGGGGUCGUUGUUCUUGGAAUUAUGGGUGGCUGGUCGUCAAGGACACUGCCAAAUUUGGGCCAUGUAGAUUUGACAAGAUCAAGAGCUUCCCAGUGAUACGGUUCUCCAGCUCGGACAAAUACUACUCGAAAACGUCCAGUUAUAGGGUUGCUGAUGCUAUGGCAGUCUACGUUAAACUGGCCUCCGAUGUCUGUGGCUCACCACCCACUCUGAAAGGAGCAACGGUAGCAUAUUCUUCAAUAGCUAUUGGUGCCAAGGCAACCUAUUCAUGCCUCAAAUUUUGGGCUCCCAAAAACUCACCCGUGAUAACCUGCCAACCAGAUGGAACGUGGACAUCGCUCAAGUUUACCUGUACAUUACACGAUUGCGGUGCACCUAAAGCCUUGCCCAAUGCUGUGUCUUCUUCACCUGCAACCACCGUCGGCCGGAUAGCUACCUACACAUGCAAACCUGGCUAUACCGCAAGCGGCACACGCACAAUCCUCUGCAAGGCUGGCGGUACUUGGGCUACAACAAACUUCAAAUGUACCAUCAAAAAUUGUGGUACACCCACUGCCGUCACGGAUGCUACAGUGUCGGCACCAACUACCACCUUCGGUUCUACCGCCACAUACACCUGCAACCAAGGAUUCACAAGAAGAUCGGGUUAUCUCAAAGUCGUCUGCUUGUCAAGCACCAGAUGGUCUACUAACAACUUAAAGUGCUCCAAAUUUGCCUACAUAAACGGGUAUGUUUUGGGUAUGAGGAUUAUUCCUGGUAACGGCGUCAACUCUGCCAACACUUGGAAAAAUCCGUCUAUCAAGCUGGACUUCCCUGUGCCCGCGUCUCUGCAGCCCGGUUGCCUAGGGCCCGAUACACGUCUCCCCUGUAAGACGCAUUUCAGGAGCACGCUGCUUAACUAUUGGUCAAAGAUCGGCUUACAGAGGGUGCGCGUCGUCCUCCUCAAAAAUAGAAAGGCAGUAAGGACGUUGGACUUCAACGCAAAAGGAACGAACUACCUCUCUUGGUUCUCCAGAUCCAAAUUGAUGACAUCCACUUGGAAAAAUCUUCCAUACAGAUAUUCAAUGAACUAUUUCAAGAUCCUUGGGCCCUCAUCCUAUAGGAACUGGUACAUCAACAGAGCAUCGCGCACAUGCAGUACAGACGACGGAUGGCUUGUUGUAAAAGAUUCAGCUGGUGCUGGUUGCCCCUACGAUAAAGGAAAGAGUUUUCCGAGGAUACGUUAUUCAAACUACAAGUACCAUGAAAGAGCAACGGGCUAUGCCACGGCUGACACCAUGCUAAUCCUCCUAAAGCUGGCUACUGACGUCUGUGGCCCCCCUCCCGCUGUACCCAACUCUCAGGUCGCCUUUCCCUCGCUAGCUGUGAACACCGUUGCCACCUACACCUGUAAUGCUGGCUACAACCUUAUCGGAAAAGCCACCGCCCGCUGUCUUUCGGACGGGAAGAGAGAAGCCCCCGCAUUUUCCUGCAAGAAAAAGGAUUGCGGGAAACCACCAGCAAUAACCUACGCUACAGUAGCUGUUACGACGACGACUUUCUCAUCCAUUGCCACGUACACAUGCAACCAGGGAUACAGAAAAAGAUCUGGCUCUACCACUAUUGCCUGUCAAGCAAACGGGAAAUGGGCUGCAAGCAAAUUAAGAUGCUCUUAUUUCGUAUACAUGGGGAACUCUAUACUCGCUAUGAGGAUAGUAUCUGGAAACAGAGUGUCUUCGGUAUAUACGUGGAGUAACAAAAAGAUAUUCUACGAUGCCCCGAUUUCAAAGUCGUUGCCAGCCGGAUGCCUCACAGGAAAUGCAGCUCUACCCUGCACAAAACACUUCAGAAGUGUCCUUGUCAACAACUGGUCAAAAAUUGGAGUCAAGCAGAUCCGCGUCUUGAUCAUGAAAUCUGGGAGGUUGAAGAAGACAUUGGUAUUCAAUGGUGUUGGUUCGUCCUCUACCAACUGGUUUUCAAAACCACGACUCGUGGCAUCGUCGUGGACAGAUUUGGGAAAGAAAAGCCGUACGAACUUCUUUUCCUUAUCCGGGUUUCAAACAUAUAGGCGGUGGUACAUCAAUCGAUCCUGGGGCGGUUGCAACAAUGAUUGGGGAUGGCUUGUGGUUAAAGACUCUUCAUCAGCCUCAUGUCCUUAUGACAGGGGGUCCAGUUUUCCGAGAAUUCAGUACUCGCACAAGUCUACACGUGACCCGUCUAUCAAAUACGCAACAGCGGAUACUAUGUUGAUACUUCUAAAACUGGCCACCGAUGUAUGCGGCCCUCCUCCAACUCUUAAAAGAUCAACCGUCAAAUAUACCUCCCUCGCUGUUGGCGCUAAGGCUGUAUACACAUGCCACAGAGGAUUCCAAGCUACACGCACCCCAUCAAUAAAUUGUUUAGCCGACAGCACCUGGACGAAGGUCUACUUUAGUUGUGAACCCAACACUUGCGCCAGUGUCAAGAAGUGCAAUGCUAAAAAAGAUGGAGAAUACUGGAUAUACCCCACGCUGCUCAAGGGCGCCAGUUUGAAGGUUUACUGCUAUAAUAUGAAGUCCCGCAGUCCCGUGCAUUACAUUACGCUAGUAAAAAGAAACUAUGCCAACUAUCCUGCCACGCGAAACACAAAAUGCACCGGCAGAGACGUGCCUCUUCCUAAACCUAACAAGUCCGGAGUCACUACAUUCUCCAAGGUUCGGAUCUACGUAUCGACAAUGCAAGUCAUCAGAAGCGACUUGAAAUUUGCCAGAUCAACCGGCACCGUCCAGCAUUUUGGAGUAGCGUACGCCUGCCACUCUAAACUAAACAAAUGCAAGAAGAAAGGAGUUACUGUUGUGGACUUCAGAGGCACUGGACUUGGAAUAAAAUCUACGGAAGUCUAUGGAACAGGGCCAUACGGCUCUGGAUACUACUCUCACAGUGGAUCGAAGGAUUAUUACAAGCUUUCGUGUGGCGGUUACUGCGGAGGUUGCUAUAUGCCUGGAAGGAUCCGCAUGAAACGAAUUUACUCACCAAAAGCAAGCAGCGCUACAAAGGUCAACUGUUGAACAUUGGGGUUUGGUCAUCGCAGCGUACUGUAACGCAAGCAUCUUAAUACAUGUACGAUGUGAAAAUAAAAUGUCGUGACAAA